AUGAUCAAUUCUCUCUGUGGAUGCAUUGGAUCAAGCAAGGUUGAGAGCCCCUCUUGCGCCAAGCUUGCUCAGCCCACCUCACCCAACGAAUCCGUUUCCGCCCCCAUGAAGACUGCAUCGAUACCGUCCUCUGAGUUGGAGCAAAGCACCCUGACUCCCCCCAGCCUCAACUUCCCUGCUCCCAAAUUCGAGAUCGAUGGUGGCGGCGACAUCGAGAUCCAAUCGCCCGACAACUCGGUCUGGGAUUCCUUGUUUGCAGACCAACUCGACUGCGACUUCAUGAUAUCGUCGCCGGUCCGAAGCCUACCGUCGCCUCAAAGCUUGAGUUUCAACUACUAUAACUACAACUAUGGGCAGGGAAUGCAAAUUCAAAGCCUUUCUGGGUGUUCCCCACCUCGCAGCUCCUCUCAAGUUGGAGCUUCUUCAAGUAGAGGAAAAGGGAUGAGUCCACUUCAUAAGGUCUUUAACUCCCCAAACAAUAAUCAGUAUAUGCAAUCGGUAGAUCAGGCCAUUUCUCUCCCUUCCAUUGGAGAAUUGCUUCAAGAUUAUCAAGAUGAUCAAGGCUUUGAAACAUAUCCAAACAUUGCCAAGAUCCCAGGGAUCGGAGAAUCGUUGCAAUAUUAUGAUAUAUCAACCUCUCUUCCACCCAUUUUUGAGGACUUAACAAUGCCAAAUUCUUCACGUCUUUGUGGGUCAAACGAAGAAUCCUCAACAGAGAGAGAAUUCUAUAAUCACUUGGGGUCGAUUAAUACAACUGCCUCGUUACCGCACCAAGAUCAAGAACAAGGGAAUCCAUCGCAGCAUCCGCCACGGCCAACACCGCUGCCGCCGCUUCCACCGCCGAAGCAGCCUCAAAAUCAGCUCAGCCACAGCUUGAUGGCGCCUCUUCUUGUUGGGUCAUCUGAGCAGGAACAAGACAGUGGACUUCAACUGGUGCACCUCCUUCUUGCGUGUGCAGAAGCAGUGGCCAAAGAAGAUUACAUGUUAGCAAGAAGAUAUCUCCACCAUCUCAAUCGAGUUGUGACCCCAAUUGGUGAUUCCAUGCAAAGAGUUGCUUCUUGUUUCACUGAAGCCCUAAGUGCUCGUCUUGCUGCAACUCUCACCACCUCAAUUAUCACCCCUAAUUCUGCUCCUCCAUUCCCUCAAAACUCCCUCGAAACCCUCAAGAUUUACCAGAUCGUUUAUCAAGCUUGCCCAUAUGUAAAGUUUGCUCAUUUCACUGCCAACCAAGCCAUUUUUGAAGCCUUUGAAGCUGAGGAACGCGUCCAUGUCAUUGACCUUGACAUCCUCCAAGGCUACCAAUGGCCCGCUUUCAUGCAAGCCCUUGCUGCCCGCCCGGGAGGCUCCCCAUUCCUCCGCAUCACGGGUGUCGGCCCAGCCAUCGACGCCGUCAGGGAAACCGGCCGGUGCUUGACCGAGCUAGCUCAUUCCCUCAACGUCCCUUUCGAAUUCCACGCCAUUGGAGAGCAGUUGGAGGCCCUGAAGCCGAACAUGUUUAACCGGCGUGUGGGGGAGGCUCUGGCGGUCAACGCCGUCAACCGUCUCCACCGCGUCCCGGGAAAGAGCCUUGGGAACUUACUGGGAAUGAUUCGGGACCAGGCGCCGAAUAUAGUAACCCUAGUGGAGCAAGAAGCCAGCCACAACGGGCCUUACUUUCUAGGGCGGUUUCUGGAAGCCCUACACUACUACUCCGCUAUAUUCGACUCGCUCGACGCGACAUUCCCGGUGGAGUCACCGCAGCGGGCAAAGGUGGAGCAGUACAUAUUCGCACCGGAGAUACGAAACAUAGUGGCGUGCGAGGGGGCGGAGCGGAUCGAGCGCCAUGAGAGGCUGGAGAAGUGGAGGAAAUUGAUGGAAGCAAAGGGUUUUAAAGGGGUUCCGUUGAGUGGCAAUGCAGUGACACAGUCAAAAAUAUUGCUGGGUUUGUAUUCAUGUGAUGGGUAUAGGUUGACGGAGGACAAGGGUUGUUUGCUGUUGGGGUGGCAAGAUAGGGCUCUUAUUGCAGCUUCUGCUUGGAGAUGCUGA